AUGUAUAACCGUCCAAGUUCCAAAACUAGAUAUUAAUAAGAACCUACGAUGGAUUCAAUCAAUCUUAAAGAAAAAUAAUUAUAUUUAUAAUCUAGUAGCAUAAAUCCAUUAACAGGUGCAAUGUUGAGACCUGAUUAAUCAUACAAUUAAUAGCAAUAUAAUAAUUCUAAUUUUGAUAAGAAGGUUGCCUUAUAGGCCAGCUCCAUUAAUCCCCUCACGGGAGCCCCUCUUGUCAGAAAUCCAAUUAGUUAUCAACAAGACCCUACUCAAUACAAAUACUCGUCCUAAGGCCAACAAUAAAAUGCUGGUGGCUAUGCUACAUCAGCAGGUCUGAUUGGAGCAGGAGGGAGUGUUAAUGAUGCAUAAUUUCAAAAGAAUUUGGUGAAAUUCUUCGCUGCUGAUGACCCCAAUCAAAUCUAAUAAAAAUCUAAUAACAAAACAAACAAUUCAAUACCAUCAGACCCUUAAUUUCAGAAGAAUCUUGUCAAAUUUUUUGCGGCUGAUGAUCCCUCUUAGUUCAAUAAAUAAAAUAAUAACAUCAGACAAAGUAAUUCUAGGGCAAAUAAUGCAUAUCCACAAUAAUCUUAUCCCCAACAACAAUAUCAAGGAUAAUAGUCAAGAAGCUAAAAUGAUCAACAAUUUUAACAAAACUUAAAUAAAUUCUUUGCUGCUGAUGAUCCCUCCUAAGUCAAAAAACCUGCUGCUUAAAAAUAAUACACUAGCCACUCAUAAUAAUAACAGUAAAGAUAUCAAUAAUUUAAUGAUGCUCCUCCUGAUCCUAGAUUGGUGAGUGAUCCCAAUUUUUAAAAGAAUCUUAAUAAAUUUUUUGCUGCCGAUGACCCUUCACAACCAAAAAAACAAGUAACCAAACAAUCACAAUAAUAAUAAUAAAUUAAUGCUAUUGAAUAAAAUAAACUCCAAAGACUAGAGUAGGAUCCUAGAUUCUAAAAAAAUCUCUAGCAAUUUUAUGGAAUUGAUGGAGUAUCUCAACAAUAUGGCGGUGGAUAAAAUACCUAAGGCUAAGGAAAUGUUCAAUAUUAGAAUAAGUCUAUCAAAGUGCUUGCAAUUACUGAUAGCAGUUCAGCAGCAAGGAAUUAAGUGUCUGCAUUCUUUAGAACUCGAGGUAUCGAUGAUUUCGAUGUAUUCACAUAUCCUGGAGGUGUGUUUGGUUUACAGAAUAAUUCUCUUUAAGAACAAAGCUUAAAAUAAUAUCUAGAUACUAUGAGCAAUGCAUAUAACAUUAAGGAAGUAUACAUAAUCUCUGUUCUUGAUAACAGUAGUAAUGCAAGAUUAUACACCAAUACUAAUGAUAAGAGAUCUCAUUAGAUAGCUAUUUAAGAUUUAAAGACCGUUUUGGAGAAUAAAUUAACUGUUUAAUAUAAAUUGCAUGGAAUAAUAAUAGAUCAAAGAGGAGCAUCAGAGAAAGCCUUUUGA